AUGGCGCCUCCAGCAUCCCUCCCGUCCAAGAAGCUCGGCAAAGACGGUCCCGAGAUAUCUGCGAUUGGCUUUGGCUUGAUGGGACUCAGUGUUCUGUACGGAUCAGUAGGAACCGAUGAAGAGCGCCUGGCUGUCCUGGACCGGGCGUGGGAAUUGGGCUGUACGACCUGGGACACUUCGGAUGCGUACGGCGACUCUGAGGACUUGCUGGGGAUAUGGUUUGCGCUGCACCCCGAGAGACGCAAGGAUAUCUUCCUUUCGACCAAGUUCAGCAUUGUCGUCAAAUUUAAGGAGGACGGCUCCAUCGAGUCUAGUUUUGACAGCAGUCCGGAGCGAGCACGUUCUCAAUGCGAACUGAGCUUGAAAAGACUCGGGACUGACUGGAUAGACGUGUACUACAUCCAUCGCACUGACGGCAAGACCCCCAUUGAGAAAACCAUGGAGGCCCUGAGAGACCUCAAGAAUGAGGGCAAGAUCCGCGCCAUUGGGAUCUCGGAGUGCUCAUCAAGAACGCUGAGAAGGGCGUACAAGGUAGUGCCUGUUGCCGCUGUCCAGGUGGAGUAUAACCCCUGGCGGCUGGACAUUGAGGGUGAGAAAGGAACAAACCUGCUAGCGGCAUGCCGCGAGCUUGGAGUCACCGUCUUUGCCUAUUCGCCCCUGGCUCGUGGCAUGUUCACCGGCCAGAUCAAGUCGGCCGAGGACUUGGCCGAGAACGACUACCGUCGAACGGUACCGCUCUUCAGCAAGGAGAACCUCCCUAAAAACCUUGAGCUGGUCGAGAAAUUCAAGGCAAUGGCGAGCAAGAAAGGCUGUACUCCUGGCCAGCUCGUCCUCGCUUGGCUCAUGGCUCAGGGUGGUGACAUUAUUCCAAUUCCGGGCACGAAGAAGAUCAAGUAUCUGGAGGAGAAUGUGGCCAGCACAAAGGUGGUGCUUCUGCCAGAAGAAGAUAAGGAGAUUCGUGAUCUGGCUAAUCAGAUCCCGGUGUCUGGCCAGCGCUACGACCCUAGUCGCUACCAGUCCAGACAGGAGUUCUCCGACACCCCCGAGCUGUAG